UACUAACGAUGUACAACCAUGUACAAUAGUUAUUUUGUCUGUUUGCAACCCUCCAUUGCCUGAAGUAGAUUAGGGUGGCAGCUCGACUGUAGGUAACUCCGACUGGCUGUAAGUAGACAGGAACCAUCCCCUCUCAUUCACCAUCAUUUUUGCAAUUGCGUGGCCAGCACACGUCAACGUGAAUAAUAAAUCUCGUCAUUUUUAAGUCGGAAAUUCGAAGUCAUGCGUUUACUAGUGUUGUGAUAAGAUUUCUGCAAGUUGUAAAGUGCUACUCACAACAUUACAUUACAUUACGAAUAUUUGCAACUUGUUAAAAUGAGUUCAGGAUUUAUUUCGGAGGCUGAAUUGGCCGAGCGGAGGAAGAUACGUCAAGAAGAAUGGGACAAAGUGAGGACAGCUGACCAACCGGCUGAGGUUUCGGAGGAAAAAGUAGAUCAUAGGUCGCUCUACGACAGACUUCAGGAGCAGAAAAACAAAAAGGAUAUGGAGUAUGAGGAGGCACACAAGCUAAAAAACAUGAUAAAAGGUUUGGACGACGAUGAAGUUGAAUUUUUGGAUCUCGUCGACCGCACAAAGCUGGAGGAGGAGCGGAAGAAGCACUUGGAGGAGCAGGAAGAGAUGCGUGAAUUUAAGGCACGAGUUGCCACCCUCCAAGAGGAAUCACUGAAUGAGAGAUUGAAGCAGGAAUUGAAAAAACCACAAGGUACAAGUAAAACUACGUCCGGAGGAAGUGGCAGGAAUUCACAACAUCAAUUAUUAGCGGGGGUUGUUGUUAAGAAACAGGAAACAUCACCAACAGAUAGCUCCAAAGGAUCCAAAAGAAAGUUAUCAGAUACCGAUUGGAGUGCGAACUUGGAGACAACUCAGAAUGGGACAACACUAUCCCCGAAAAUGCAUCAUCCAUCGGCGUUUAAAUGCAUUGGUAUUCUGCCUGGUCUUGGCUUCUACAACGACUCAAGUGACAGCGACUGCAAUUCUGACUCCGAGCCCGAGACCGGGCGCCCUAAGUAUGACAUCUUGGGAAGAAAGAUAACUAUUCCAGAUGAAGACAAAUAAACAAUGAAAACUCGCAUGAUAAAAAUCAUUCCACCAAAUUACAAGCGGAAAGCGUCAAAUGUCUUAUAUUGAUAUUUUUUUUGUUUGUUUUCCAAUAAAAAAUCACGUGUCAUUCAGA